UUAGACCAUCAAUUAUCUAUAAAGAUUACUCUCAUUUUGAGAUUAACAGCAUGCAAUCAAGAUGGAAAUGUAACCUUAAUGAAACCAACUUUGCUCUUUUUCCUUGUGGGUGGUUUCAAUUUUCCAAAUGAAUGGACCUAGUCAAAACCUUAUCAUUAGUUUCAGCUUUCAACGGUAUGAACUCUUAUCGAGAAUUAAGAUCCUUUUCUGAUAUUAUUUUAACAGAUAAUAUCAAGAGAAGAUAUUCUUACAUGAAAUCUGGAAAUCUCGAAGCAAUUUCUAAUGUUUUAGAUAUUUUUUGCUUUGGUUUCUUAUUUCUUGUUUGACCAAAACAAAAUUUGGUAUGUUUUGGUUCAGUUGUUCAAAAAUACCGCGUGAAGUAGCGAAUAAGAAAGCAAGUAAGCCGGCAAAAUAAUGGGUCAAUGUCAAUUUUCAGUGUGGAAUUCGCUUACAUCUAUUUCGAUAUUUUGUUUCCAGAAAACGUUAUGCAAAAACAUACACGUUCUUAUGAUGUUUCCUCUUCUAUUUCUCUUCAACCUCCAAUAAAAAGCUCUUCUUUGUCAGUUCAUUACAUAUUCUUCUUCUCAUUUUGUCACGUAUGGCUCUCUCUCAAGACAAAUUGAGCUUCAUCUCACCAUUAAACCAGCAAGAUCAAGGAGAUGAUGUUGAUGACUACCAUGAAAACAAUGUUUCUUCACAAGGGUGUGAUUGUUUUCUACUUUUCUGCUUCAAAUGGCGGCAAAGCAACAAUAGCAAUCGGCUUUUGCACCAGAAUGGAGAGGAGUACGGAGAGUCAUGGCUGAUAAAGAAGGCGAAGAAAGUUAAGGAAGUCUCUGAGGUAUUUGCAGGGCCUAAAUGGAAGACUUUCAUUAGAAAAGUUGGUGGAUAUGUUAAGAGAAACAAGUACAAAAAUACAUUUCAAUAUGAUCCUCAAAGCUAUGCUCUCAAUUUUGAUAGUGGUGUUGAUAUGGAAGAUAAAGGUCUUGUUUCAUGAUUUGUUAGUGUUGUUCAUACAUGAUUCUUUCAUUGUUGAUACUGUUUCAUUUUUAUGAAAAUGAAGUUGAUUCCCAUA